AUGGAGGACCUGUUGCGAGCCUUGUGUCAGAACCCAUGCGCAUUCAGCUGCAUUGUGAUGUCUGAGGGUGGCAGUCGCAGUACAGUGAUCGAGGUCGAGACGAUUUCCGGGCAGCUGGUGGUGACACGAGUAAACGCGGCUGCAAAUCAUGAUAUCCAUCCAGGCGAUACUAUCACCCAUGUCAACGGAAGACCUACCAUGGACCGAAGUUCGAUUAGCGGUCUGAAUGGUCGAAUAACGCUUACCUUGGUCCCAGCUGCUAUUCACGGUGCCCCUUCGGUCUUCUACCGGGUCAAUGCUGACUAUAAUUCGGAUAUGGAUGACUCAAGAAUAUGCCGUUGGUUGUCGAUUGAUGUGAAGAAAGGCGAUGUUGUACAGAUAAUGAGCCAAGAUGAUAACUGGAUCCAGGCUCGCAAGGUCAACGACCUGUCUCGAGUGGGUUACCUGCCAGCGUCUCUAUCCAAGGAAAAGGUUGCAAUGUUGUGUCCGUUCGGUCGUCGAGUACUCGUACUGCUAGGGGCAGUAGGCGUCGGACGAAGAACGCUGAAAUCCAUGUUGUUACGUUCCGCUCCACAAUAUUUCGCAACCGUCGUUCCUCUUACCUCGAGACAAGCCCGCCCAGGCGAACAAGAAGGUCGUGAGUACAAUUUUGUCACGAAAGAAGAAAUGCUCCAAAGAAUCCGAGAAGGCAAAAUGGUCGAAUGGGGCGAGUUGGAUGGCCAGCUUUACGGUACUUGUGCUGAUUCAGUUCGAUCAGUAGUACGAAGUGGACGAAUGUGUGUGCUGGACUGUGCUCCACAAGCACUCUCACAUCUUUAUAACUCUGAAUUUAUGCCAUUUGUGGUGCAUAUCAUCCCACCACAACUUGAAGAGUUCCUGCAGUUGGAAAAUUUGCGGCAUCACCGGCGACCUGUCGAUCAGCUCAGUAAGGUGAGCGGUUUACGGACGAUUUGA